GGUUUUAGACUGUGUAGAAGUGAAAGCAGAAUAGAAGGUGGAGGUGUUGGCGUGUUUGUUUCGUCAGGAAAGAUAAAUUCGGGAUCUAUAGUGGCUCUCUAUCCAGGUCUUAUAUAUAAUCCAGGAGAGCCUAUAUUUCUGCCAUCCAUUGGCAACCAGUACAUAUUCAGAUGCGAGGAUGGUACUCUAAUUGAUGGCAAGGACUUUGGUUUAUCUAAAAUUCUGUUCAGGUUAUCGUGUUCUAAACGAGAUGGUUUUGAUUUGAAAUUCUCAAUAGAUGUUACCUGGAUGGAUAAACACCCAAUUAAUCCUCUGGCUAUUGGACAAUACAUUAACAACUGUACUUUAACAAGUGACCAGAAUGUUUCUUAUCAAGAACAUACAUUCUCAGAAAAGUUUCCUAAAGAUUUGCUGUCAUUCAUUCCAAAUUGUUAUUACUCAGGACAAGUCCUUCCUUAUAGGUUAACCAUUUUGUUGAUUUCCACAAGGGAUAUCUUCCAAGGAGAAGAAUUACUUUCAAACUAUCAUACACUUAUUGUUUAA